CACUAUUCCGCCUGUUCUCUAGAGAGGAUAGAAAUACGUUUUGCGUCUUCCAGGCGGGAUAACCGCUUAGCAGCAUGGCAAUGGAAUGCAUCAAGAACUGCUGCAAGAGCUUCCUAGGCAAAGGCACUGAGAUCGAACAGCAAGUGAUUACAGUGAAGAUGCCCCCUGCCAGAGCAAUCUCAGGUGGCUCCAGGAAGAGUCUAGGGGUAACAGAGGACUAUCUCCUCUCUAAACUCCCCCCGGGUGGAAAAGAGGUUCCUUUUGUCCUCCCCACGUUCAAACCUUCCUACAUCCAACCACGAGGAUCACGCUACCUCGGCUACCAGCCACCAGGGCUACCAGGGCUGCACAGUUCGGUCAGGAGCACCUAUGCAGAGAGGAAGGCAGAGCUGUCAGGGGUCAGUCACAUAGUCUAUAACCCUGACUCCUCCCCCAACAUGUCUCCCGGGACAACACGACACAGCACCCUGAAAAAUAGCCCCCGGGGCUCAGGAUCAGGUGGGAAUAUGAAGACUGAGAGACUGACUCUGAGCAAAUCCAUGUUUGACUUGUCCAACUCCAGCCCUCACGGCCACAUACAGCGUUACGACAGUGUGUCCAGUGUCCGGAGCAGCAGUGCGUCGUCCUCCCAGAGGGACUCCCUGGAGAACAGCCGUAGCCUUGAGUCCAUCACGUUGUCUGGGGAUGAGAGGGAACAGAGAGAGUUGGGGAAGGUGUGUGUCCGGCUGAGUUACCAGGAGGCCCUGGAGCAGGUGUGGAUCACGUUGCUACAGUGUAAGGAUGUGUACCUCGCUCAGGACAGCAGCGAGCAGCAGAAGAUUGGCUUUAAAGGCAUCAUCACUAUGACCAAACCAGUACAGUUCAAGAGCUCCGUCAAGGAAGGCUCUCCGGACACAGUCUUCAUGGAGACCUUUGUGUUUGCGUUGCGGCUGCAACAGCUGCGUUGCAGUGCUCUGGUCCUCCGGCUGCAGACCCACCACCCCAGGAAGAGGACGGUGGCAGAGUGUGUCCUCUCCCUCAGACAGCUGGGCCCUGAGGAGACACAGCACUGGAUGGAGCUCAGCCCCCCCUCCAAGACCCCUGUGUGUCAUGCUGAGCUGCACCUGGCCACCUGUUUCCAACCUGUUAACGGAUGCAUCCAACUGCAGGUCCUCGCUGCCCAGAACCUCCCAGCUCCACUCAGGCAGGCGUUCUUUGUGAAGAUAGAGAUGCAGCAGCUGGGCAGGGUGGUGAUGGAGAAGAAGACUCAUGCCCUGAAGUCCUCCGGAGGUCAGCUGACCUGGACCGAGUCUUUCUACUUCCCCUUAGCUCAGGACCAGAGCUUCCUGCUGUCAGUCAAACUCUACAGCCGCCGCUCUGUCAGACGGAAACGCUACCUCGGACAGGUUCACCUUGGCUUCGACAGCCCAACGCAGGAAGCAGCAGAGCAGUGGAGGGACAGCAUGUCUCACCCUGAGAAGGUGAUUGCUGUAUGGCACAGACUCAACGGGUCCUGAAACGCCUGUAGAAACUCACACAGCCUUCAUUCCAAAUGGCACCCUAUUUCAGGGGUUCUCAAAGUGGGGUCUACGGAUGUACUGCAGGGAGUCCGCGGCCACAACUAAAAAUAUAUAUUUAAAAAAAUAUUUAAAAAAACAAACAUUUCUAUUGAAUUUUACGAACAAAAACAGGUUAAACACAUUUUGGCAUAGGGAUCUGUGGAAUACGUUUACAGUGUGUAAUAUAAUGUUAUAUUAUUAACCUACAAUUUAUGUUCUUAAAGGCCCAGUGCAGUCAAAAACGUGAUUUUCCUGUGUUUUACAUAUGAGGUUAGAAUAAUACUGUGAAA